UUUUCAGAAAUGCCCGCAUUUCCACUGUUCCAUCUCCCGUACGUCACACUGAAAGACACAGUUCUAAAAACAAAUGAAAUGGCACUAUUAAAUUUGGCUCUAUCCUCCGAUAAAUCAAGAAAUCAUGUGAAAAUGUUCAAAAAGCCUAUAAACUUCAUUUGGCUAAAUAUUUAUGAGGAUUAUUGCUUAAUAGAUGUACAGUUCACAAAGAAAAGGAACAUCUAUUGGAAGAUUCACAAGUCAAGCAAGCCCCUAAAAGGUUCAAAACGGAAAAUCGAUAGUUUUGUGAUUGACAAUAUGGAAAUCAAGAAUCGCCGUCAUCAACUUCGAGAUAAAUACGUGAUAGAAUCAUAUUGUGACAACGACAGAAUUGCCUGCAUUAAGAUUGCAGAAGUAAUGCUUGACAUUUUCAAACCGAAUCAAUUAAAUGUCUACAUCAGCCGAGAGGAAACCGACGAUAUUUGCAAUUUCAUUGCUUGGGAUAGACUCAACCAAGUCGACGAUUUGACAUUCAUCACAUACUUUCGUUUGACGGACAAAGAGUUUCAUCUAUUCAAAGUGAAAAUUCUUCCCAAGAAAAAACUUACUUUAAACUUUUUCAACUAUGAAAACCAAAAUUCAAUUCAAUUGGAGUUCAAUCAUGAUAAUCUUGAAAUAUGUUCUGCACCGUGGUUUACUCGACAGGAUCUUUUGAAUACUAACUGCCAAAAUUUGGUGAUUGAUAAAACCAAAUUAACUAACAACGAUCUGAAUGCUUAUAUCAAAAAAUGGUUGGAUGGAGCUGAUACAAAAUUGGAAUCCUUCAAAAUUGAAAUCGAAGAUCCUGAUUUGGAUAAAAUUCUUGAUGGAAUUCAAACUAAAAAUGCGGAGGACGUUCAAAGAAAACAAGAUUUACUCAACAAUCCCCCUUCAUCCUUUGAGAUCUUGUUUGGAAUAAGGAAUGAAACAUCACUGGGUCCACUGAUUACAAGAAGUGAUAAUCGAAUGGCGACAAUUAUUUUGGAUAAAAAAUGUGUGAAGUUCUCGCUUUGGAACAAGUGAUGUCCGGGCACAUGUCGAUUCCACAUUCCUCGAUUCUCGACAUUCCCCGACAGAGAUUCCUCGAGAAUUGAAUAUUAUAAUGUUUUUUGAGUUUAUUCUCAAAUAUGGUUGUUAAAUAACAGUUUGAAUUGUUUUUUUGUAAGCCAUAAUUAAAUUGUGUGUUUAUUUUCAACGUCAAAUUGAUAAAAAUAAAUCGUUUGAUGGAA